AUGCGCAGCUUUAUUGCCUCUGCACUCCUCGGUGUUCUCGCUGUCACCGCACACGCCCUUCCCUCCACCACCAGCGUCCAAACUACUGCGUCAUCAUGCCGCGAGGUCACUAUUCCCGUCACAGUUAGCGUGCCCCGCUUCAUCAUUAACACGACUAUCGCGGACGACUGGGAUGCGGUUACGCUCGCGCUGAACCUGACCCAACGCGACGUCAACACAACCGCGGACCCUCUUCCCAUCUCCGGCAAGACGUCCGGGCCGGUCAACAGCACGUACCGCAUCGGUGCUACCGUUUGCGGCUCGGGAGGUCCGACUCUGAUCCUCACCCACGGCAUCAUCGAGUCCAAGCUGUACUGGCGACCGAACUUCCCGGGCGCACUCAAGUAUAGCUUCGUCGACGCUGCGGUCGCCCAGGGAUACUCGGUCCUCAGCUAUGACCGCAUUGGCGUCGCCACAUCUGGCAUAGUCGAUCCUCUCAACGAUGCCCAGUUCCAAGUCGAGUCGGCUGUAUUGAGCGCGCUCACCCAAUACGCGCGCAAGACGAUGAACGCUACGCAAGUCGCGCUCAUCGGACACAGCUAUGGGUCGUACAUCUCCGUCGCGGCCGCGUCCGACGUACAGGCGAGCGGUGCCAUCGACGCGGUGGUCCUCACGGGCUUCAGCGGUACUGUGCAGUACUUCGCGCCCUUCGUCGCCGGGGCAGCUCUGCGCGUCGCGCGUACGCUGAACCCCCUGCGUUGGGGCCGCCUAGCGUCCUCCUACCUCACGUCCGCCGACCGCUUCGCCCUCGCCUACGUCUACUUCGCAGGCAACUUCAGCCGCGCUGUCGCCGACUGGACUUUCGCGGUCGAAGCUGAGCCCUUUGCGCUCGGAGAGCUGCCCUCCCUCCUCGACACGCAGAUCGCCUUCGACCACGUCACUGCGCCGGUCUUGGUCCUCCAGGGCCGUCAUGACGUCUCGGCGUGCGGUGGUGACUGCGUGGGCUUGCUGGACGCGACAGCGGCGCUUUUCACCGGCUCGAAGGGUGUUCAGACCGUCGAUAAUCUGCCUGCUGGCCACGACCUCUUCCUGCACGAAGUGGCGCCCCAGGCGUUCAAGAUCGUUUUCGACUUCCUGAAGGCGCAGGGUGUUUGAGCGCGACAUGUGCGCGUUCUCCCGUAUGGGAAGGACGGGGGCCCUU